AUGUCAGAAUCUCAAGAUACUUGGCUCCCAGAGAGAGUGGAACGACAGGUUGAAAUUAUCCAGGUGCCCGUAAACACACUGUGGAGCUUUGCCCAGGGGCUCAUAUUCGGCCAGGUGAUCUCAAUGGCGGUGCUAUUCAUGUUCUUGAAGUUUUUCGUCUUCUCCGAGUCCUCGCCUAGCACAGGAAAACGGAAGAAGAGAGAAGCUUCUGGAGUGGUGGUCAACAGACAGAAGAAGGAGAACGGAGAGGCUAAUGAUGACGAAGACUCAUCUAUAUUAGCUGCUAUUUUGGAGAAAACUUAUUACGAUGUUGAUAACCACACACCAGAGUCGUUGGACUGGUUCAAUGUUUUGGUUGCCCAGACCAUUUCACAAUUUCGUAGUGAAGCAUUGCUCUCCGACAACAUUUACCAUUCAUUAAAUGAAGUCUUGUCGAAACUGGAGCUUCCGGAUUUUUUGGACAAGAUCGAAUUGACGGAAAUCGAUAUCGGUGACGAUUUCCCCAUCUUCUCCAACUGUAGAAUCAAACACAGUGCAGACGGCACCGGGAGACUUGAGGCCAAGAUCGAUGUGGAUCUCUCCGACACCUUGACACUAGGCAUCGACACUCGUCUCCUCUUGAACCAGCCACGUCCAUUUACUGCAGCAUUGCCCGUGCAGCUCUCAGUGUCUUUGGUUCGAUUUUCUGGCUGCUUGACGGUGUCUUUGGCCAAUAACGAUCCAAGUAAAAAUCCCAAGUUGGAAGACCAAGGUGGAACCGCGCUUAUGUUUUCGUUCUCCCCUGAUUACCGUCUUGAAUUCUCUGUCAAGUCCCUCAUUGGAUCUCGUGCCAAACUCCAGGAUAUCCCCAAAAUUUCCGAGCUUAUUGAGAGCAAAUUGAGGAGCUGGUUUACAGAUAGAUGUAUUGAACCCAAGUUUCAAGUGAUUAAGCUUCCGUCGAUGUGGCCUAGAAGCAAGAAUACCAGAGAACCUAAAGCGGAGAAGCCAGAGAGUCUGAAAGUGUAA